AUGGUGCACAUAUUUGUCCAGCUUUCCCUCACAAGAUUCGGUAUUGUGGCCACCGAACUGAUGAAAGCGACAGAAGACACCCGUGUUGGGCAUAAGCUUGCUGCCUGGUUUCCAGGGGGGAGGCUUAGGUAUGAUAGGUGCCUCGUGCACCAGGACAUUCUCGUAGGUGGUAUUGAGGGUGGUGAAGACCUCAAACUUAGGCUUGGGUGUGAAGGGGAGUGA